AUGGAGAAAUCUAAAAACUUCCGGAUCGACGCCCUGUUGGCCGAUGAGACCACCCGGGGGACCAGCUCCCUGUCCCCGGGUCUGAGCAGCGACAGCCCCGGGGACAGCCCGCUGUCCUGCCGCCGCGGAGACACCCCGUCCCCGCGGGCAUCGAACCUGCACACCGGAAUAAUCCCCAAACCGGGAAUCCUCAACCUCCCGCACCCGGGGCUCUCCUCCCUGCCCCACGGGGGGAUUCCCGGCAUGUACCCGGCUCCCAUGUACCCGCACCCCGCGUUCGCUUACACCGGCUUCACCCACCUGACCCACAGCUACCCGGAGCACCUGAAGGCGGCUGCCAUGGCGGGGUCUCUGCCCCUGGAGCACUGGAUCCGAGCCGGCAUCAUGAUGCCACGACUCCCAGACUACAGCAGUGAGUAUAAUAUCAGAGCGGAUUAUUCUUCCGGUCUGCUCGGGAAGUGCCGGAGGCCUCGCACCGCCUUCACCAGUCAGCAGCUCCUGGAGCUGGAGAACCAGUUCAAACUCAACAAGUACCUGUCCAGACCCAAACGCUUUGAAGUGGCCACCUCCCUCAUGCUGACCGAGACACAGGUCAAGAUCUGGUUCCAGAAUCGCAGGAUGAAGUGGAAGCGCAGCAGGAAGGCGAAGGAGCAGGCCAGCGCCUCGGCUCAGUCUGAGACCGAGCGACUACGCAGCGGAGGAAAAACAGCCAAAGACAAAACCGACGAGAACAGGCGAGCUGUGACUCCUGAUGACGGGGGGAUAGAUCUUGACAUGGAGGAUGGAGAGGAGGAGGAAGAGGAGGAGGACGAGGAGGAGGAGGAGGAAGAGGAGGUGGAAGGCAAGCACGCUUUUCCUGUUGCUAUGGGCAACGGCAUUGGGAUGCCAAGAUCCACAGACUUCGGCUACAAUCCCCACAGCCCUUUCUCUGAUGAGGAGCUGGAGGGGGUGCAGGGAGGAGGAGGAGGUGACAGAAAGAUUGGAGCAGGACUGUGA